GCUAUCCCUAGAGAAAUUUCCUCCGUCAGUCUCAUCGGCGAACAGCGACAAGGGAAGCGAAGAAGGCGAGCGAGGAGGGGAGGCGAAGAUGAUCGAGGUAGUUCUCAACGAUCGGCUGGGGAAGAAGGUCAGGGUGAAGUGCAACGAGGAUGAUACCAUCGGCGACCUCAAGAAGCUGGUGGCGGCGCAGACCGGCACCCGUGCCGAUAAGAUCCGUAUCCAGAAAUGGUACAACAUCUACAAGGAUCACAUCACUCUCAAGGACUACGAGAUCCACGACGGCAUGGGCCUCGAGCUCUACUACAACUAAACUAUGGUAAAAAGGUGGUUGCUAUAUAGAUCUGAACCAUUCGCUGGAUGAAUGAUAUGAGUAAGAGAACAACUAUCUAAUGCUAGUACUUUCCAUGACAAGUGGCUAUAGUGCAAUACUAUCUAUCUGCUAUAGUGCAAAAAUAUCAUCCUGAAUGGAAUCUAAUAAACAUUGAAACUUAUGCUUGAUUUU